AUGAGCGCGGCCACCUGCGCGAGAGUCACCGCCUCCAUCGCCGGGUCGGCGCACCCGCGCGCCCCGAGGGCUACGACACGAUCGCCAAUCGCGGUCCGGGCCGGGGAGCGACGCCGCCGCGUGGGGUCCAUCGCGCGCGCCACGCUCGGUGCCGAUCGGUCCCCCAUCCACCCCAUCGUCCAUCGCUCCGUCGGGUUCGCCGUCGCGACCGCCGCCGCCGCCGCGCUCACCGCGCUCGCCCCAUCGAUCGCGCUCGCCGAGAGCGAGUUCUACGUCGAGGACAUCCCCCAGGGCCUCAACUCCGCGGACGCCAGGACGGCGCCAAACCUCAAGACGCUCACGAAAGGGGCGAACGGCAAGGAGAUUGAAAAGUGCGCGACGAAGUGCAUAGCGACGUGCACGCGGGGCGGUUCGGGAGCGCCGGGUUUGGGUCCGCUGAGCGUGCGCAAGGCACCGGUGGUUUUCAAGGAGGGGUUCAGGUCCAGGCAGUACUGCCUGAGCGAGUGUACGGAGAUCUGCAGCAUCACCGUGAGGGACUCGAAGAAGUAA